GGCUUGGACAGAUACAGUUAAACGCAGUUUCACCUGCCCCUUGGCUCCUAUGGUUUAUUGUGAAGCAGGGGGACUGGAGUUCCAGGAGCUCCAAGUUCCCCUUCUCUGAAACCGCACGGUCCCUGUUCCCUGUAUCUGCUGUCCCUAAGCCUAUGAGAAGCUUCUCUGAGAAGCGCAUUUUAAUAUUUAGAUCAAACGGUGAUUGGAAUACAUUAAUGCCCAGUGGGUUUGAAAGCAGCUGCUGAGCCUUCUCCCUGCUGCUCCAAUUAACACAUGCAGCACACUCAGUCAGCAAGAGGGCUGAGCAUAUGGAUGAAACCACUUCGCAGAUCACUAGUGUGGCUGGCAGGAGAGGCGAAGGGUUAACUAGCCUCCCCUUUUCCUAAACCGCAGCUUUCGAGGAAGUUUUGCACACGGCUGUCCUGCUUGGAGCACAGGAAUGCUCGUAGGAGUGGGUAGGAUUAGCAGGUGGGCAAAGCCAGGUCUUCCCUAGUUUGGUUCAGUCCAUUGACUAGCGCGCUUCCCCACCCCCGCCCCGCGAUGGAGGUGUUGGGGGAUGCCUCUUGCUUCAAGCUGAAUUUCUUUAACUUUUGUUUGGUUUGGAAACAAGUUGAAGCCCACAGCUUUGCUGAGUUUUUUUUCCCCCUCUCUCACUCUCUCUAAUUAUUAUCUUUUAUUAUCCUCUUACUUUCUUUCUCUGCCCCACCCAUCCUUUAAAAAAAAAAUAGUAGAUUUGACAGUUUCCUGGGCUAAAUGAGAAGUCUCACCAAGCUACUCCCACGCCGCUGUUGUGUUUUCUUCUGCUGUGGCUGAACUCUUGGCCUUGAUGGGCAUAAGGAGAAAGGCUGGGGGGUAAUGUGUCCCGGUCCCCGGGCUUGGUGAGGGUCAUUCAUGCUCCGCAGGCUUGAAGAGCAGCUGGGCUGUCCGCUCUGCUGCUGGCUGCGCCGCCGCUGCCACGGUGCCCCGGGAGCCAGUCAUGGACCGCUUCCUGGGAUUUGUCAAGCAGAUUCGGAGAUCCAGGAGAAGAAAAGGGAAAAAGUACCGGCCAGAAGAGGAUUACCAGGAGGGCUAUGAGGAUGUCUAUUACUACGCUUCGGAGCAUUUUCGAAAUGAGAGUCCCUACACUAAAUCUGCCAGCCAGACAAAGCCGCCUGAUGGAGCAUUGGCUGUGAGGAGACAGAGCAUCCCAGAGGAAUUCAAGGGCUCCACAGUGGUGGAGCUGAUGAAGAAGGAGGGAACCACUCUUGGCCUGACGGUAUCAGGAGGAAUCGAUAAAGAUGGAAAGCCAAGAGUGUCCAACCUGCGGCAGGGAGGAAUUGCUGCCAGAAGUGACCAGCUGGAUGUGGGCGACUACAUCAAAGCGGUGAAUGGGAUCAACCUGGCCAAAUUCCGCCAUGAUGAGAUCAUCAGCCUGCUGAAAAAUGUUGGGGAAAGAGUGGUCCUGGAGGUCGAGUAUGAGCUUCCACCGGUCUCUAUCCAAGGAUCGAGUGUUAUGUUCCGAACAGUGGAGGUCACUUUGCACAAAGAAGGCAACACCUUUGGUUUUGUCAUCCGAGGGGGUGCGCAUGAUGACAGAAAUAAGUCCCGUCCGGUUGUGAUAACCUGUGUUCGUCCUGGAGGGCCUGCUGACAGAGAGGGUACUAUCAAACCUGGAGACAGGUUGCUCAGCGUGGAUGGAAUUCGGCUUCUGGGAACCACCCAUGCUGAGGCCAUGAGCAUCCUUAAACAGUGCGGACAAGAAGCAACGCUGCUGAUAGAAUAUGAUGUCUCCGUGAUGGAUUCUGUAGCAACAGCAUCCGGGCCACUACUAGUUGAAGUUGCCAAAACUCCCGGUGCCAGCCUUGGGGUUGCCCUAACUACCUCCGUGUGCUGUAACAAACAGGUCAUCGUCAUAGACAAAAUCAAAUCUGCAAGCAUUGCGGACAGAUGCGGGGCGCUACACGUGGGAGACCACAUCCUCUCCAUCGACGGCACGAGCAUGGAGUACUGUACCCUCGCAGAAGCAACCCAGUUCCUGGCCAACACCACUGACCAGGUCAAGCUGGAGAUUCUCCCACACCAUCAGACCCGCCUGGCCCUGAAAGGACCUGACCAUGCGGCUAUGGUGUCCUCGUCCUCUCCUACCUCUAUGAGUGCGUACAGCCUGAGUUCCCUGAACAUGGGGACUUUACCUCGAAGCCUCUACUCUACUAGUCCACGAGGAACCAUGAUGAGGAGGAGACUGAAAAAGAAGGACUUCAAAAGCUCAUUGUCUUUAGCCUCUAGCACUGUGGGAUUGGCUGGACAGGUUGUUCACACUGAAACCACAGAGGUUGUGCUGACGGCUGAUCCUGUCACUGGCUUUGGAAUCCAACUGCAGGGCAGCGUGUUUGCCACAGAGACUCUCUCCUCCCCACCUCUGAUUUCCUAUAUUGAAGCUGACAGCCCAGCAGAGAGAUGUGGUGUGCUGCAGAUUGGAGACAGAGUCAUGGCCAUUAAUGGAAUCCCAACAGAAGACAGCACCUUUGAGGAAGCCAAUCAGCUCCUUCGAGACUCUUCCAUCACGAGCAAAGUCACACUGGAAAUCGAGUUUGAUGUUGCAGAAUCUGUCAUCCCAAGUAGUGGAACAUUUCAUGUAAAACUGCCUAAGAAGCACAGCGUGGAACUUGGAAUAACCAUCAGUUCGCCAUCCAGUAGAAAACCAGGGGACCCUCUCGUCAUUUCAGAUAUCAAGAAAGGCAGUGUGGCACACAGAACUGGAACUCUGGAACUUGGAGAUAAAUUGCUCGCCAUAGAUAACAUCCGGUUGGACAGCUGUUCCAUGGAAGAUGCAGUCCAGAUCCUCCAGCAGUGUGAAGACCUGGUGAAGCUCAAAAUCCGCAAAGAUGAAGAUAACUCAGACGAGCAAGAGAGUUCCGGGGCGAUUAUUUACACGGUGGAGCUGAAGCGCUAUGGGGGGCCCCUUGGCAUUACCAUUUCUGGAACCGAAGAGCCCUUUGACCCUAUUAUCAUCUCGAGCCUCACUAAAGGGGGCUUAGCUGAAAGGACUGGAGCGAUCCACAUCGGAGAUCGAAUCCUAGCCAUCAAUAGCAGUAGCUUGAAGGGGAAGCCUCUGAGUGAAGCCAUCCACUUGCUACAGAUGGCGGGAGAGACUGUCACCCUGAAAAUUAAGAAGCAGACAGAUGCCCAACCUGCUUCAAGUCCCAAGAAGCUGCCCAUCCCCAGCCACUCAAGUGACCUAGGAGAUGGUGAGGAGGACCCCUCCCCAAUACAAAGGCCAGGCAAGCUCUCUGACGUGUACCCCUCCACAGUACCCAGCGUGGACAGUGCUGUGGACUCCUGGGACGGAUCUGGGAUAGAUGCCAGCUAUGGGAGUCAAGGCACGACUUUUCAGACUUCAGGGUACAAUUUCAACACCUAUGACUGGAGAAGUCCGAAGCAAAGAGCCAGCCUGUCCCCGGUCCCCAAGCCUCGAAGCCAGACAUACCCAGAUGUGGGCCUGAGUAAUGAAGACUGGGACCGGUCCACAGCCAGUGGCUUCGCCGGGGCUUCUGACAGUGCAGAUGCUGAACAAGAGGAAAACUUCUGGUCUCAAGCAUUGGAGGACCUGGAGACCUGUGGCCAGUCGGGAAUCCUGAGAGAGCUCGAGGAGAAAGCUGACAGGCGUGUGUCAUUGAGAAACAUGACCCUCUUGGCAACAAUCAUGUCGGGGAGCACUAUGAGUUUGAAUCAUGAGGCUCCAACGGCUCGCAGUCAGCUGGGGCGACAGGCCAGCUUCCAGGAACGGAGCAAUUCGAGGCCACACUAUAGCCAAACGACUCGCAGCAACACUCUGCCCUCGGAUGUGGGCAGAAAGUCUGUGACCCUGCGGAAAAUGAAGCAAGAAAUCAAGGAGAUUAUGUCCCCAACUCCCGUGGAGCUUCACAAGGUGACCUUAUACAAAGACUCUGGCAUGGAGGACUUUGGGUUCAGUGUGGCGGAUGGCCUGCUGGAGAAAGGGGUGUAUGUCAAAAAUAUCCGCCCAGCUGGGCCAGGUGAUCUUGGAGGCUUGAAGCCUUAUGACAGGCUCUUACAGGUUAACCACGUCCGGACGAGAGACUUCGACUGCUGCCUGGUGGUGCCCCUCAUAGCCGAAUCCGGUAACAAGCUGGACCUGGUUAUUAGCAGAAACCCACUGGCCUCCCAGAAGUCGAUAGAACAGCCGGCGCUGCCCAGCGACUGGAGCGAACAGAACAGCGCUUUCUUCCAGCAGCCCAGCCACGGUGGUAACCUAGAGACACGAGAACCCACUAACACAUUAUAGCAUUACUUUUAUAAAGCAGGACGAAAGACGAUAUCUACAUGGUGCUAAAACAAAACAGAACAGAACAGAACAGAACAGAACAGAACAGAACAGAACAGAACAGAACAACCCUUUAAGAUUUCUGUGACAGCCGAAGCACAGAGAAUCACGUGGCAUUAAUGCAAGCACAGGGGUCUUUUAAAUCUCCCUCAUAGCUCAUGUUCUCAUCCCUUCCCAACUAGAAGAGGUUUCUUUUAGGAUGACCACUCCGUUAACUGCGGGUCCUUCUCUGCCGGGGGUGGGGGGGCCCCAUUGGUAGACAAUAAAGAGGAAGGCAGCCCACCCCUUCCCCCACUCCGAUCAAGAUCAGAGGAAACGUUUUACAAUUCACCUUACUGUCACUUUUUACAGAGAGAAACAUCCCUUUGAAAAUAUUCUCUAUGGUAAUUUCCUGAAUGGAAUAAGUUUCUUACUAUAACGUCAUUAGUGUAAGAACAGGAUCAACAUGGAUUUACACACAGCUGGCCCUGCUAGGGGAGCUAGGAUGGGUGAAUGGCUAGGCCUGCCGAGGUGGGAGGGGCACAGGUAUAACAUUAGGUUUUCUUAAAAUAUUUCAGCAACAGUGCACGUUGGAGACCAUAAUAGGUGGUGGUAAAUGUUUCGCCCAAAUAUAGGAAUGAUUUUAACUAAGAUGUAUGCUAUUCCCUAUGCAACAGAUGAUCAAACAGGAUAUGUCUUGUGACCUGUUUUUUUUUUUUCCUUGAGGACACAUUCUUUUUUUUUUUUUUUUAAAUAGCUGAAAAAUCUCUGGUAAUGAAUUAGAGUGUGUAGUAACACUGAGCAUUAGUGAUAUGAUCCUAUUUUUAAAAUCCAAGACUAAGAAUUUAAGGAGUGAAGAGUCUAAUGAAAUGAGAUUCACUUUCUGGGUAGGCAAACAGAACUCAUGCAGCUCAGAAGUCUGCAGACUGCUACAUCGAGGGGUGCACAGCACAAUGACUUAAGGACGACGACGCUUUUGUUCUGAGUCACGCCACUUGCUUAACUUGUAAAUACAUUUUCACAAAGCUCAUUGCCAAUCACUGUCCCCCGAAGCAAUAAACUGUGACAGUUGCUUUAAAUGUCCGUGGGCAACUGUUUUCAUUUGUUCAGAUAUUUUGAAUAGCUUCACUAAUAACUGUUAUUUGGUAGAUAUUUAAAGAAAAAAAACUAGAUCUGUAUAUUGAUGGUAGAAUGUCAAAACAAUUCUUUCCCAAACAUGUUCAUUUUGGUCACUAAUACAACUAACUGCACAGGCAAAACAUCGAAACACUGUGUCCUUUGUUUAAGGGAAAUGAUUCAUCUUUCUUUUUUGUGCAAAGAAAUAUAUAAUUUCAGACACAUUUCAGAACCGCCAGGGCAGAGAAAGUAUAGAACAGAAUCAUGUUAAGAAAAAAAAAAUCAUGAGUCACUUAAAUAUGUAUUUUUGUUUGUAACAAACAAGUAUUAAACUGUAAAGUAUUUUUGUACAAAUUUAAUACUUUAAUAGCAUGGUAUUUAUCGUCUAUGUAUGGUUUUGGGGAAUUCGAAAUUGUUGCAAAUAUUUGUAUUGAAAAAAAAAAACCCUCUACCAAAUGGAAUAAACGGUGAUUUUAAAAAGCCAAAAUAAAAAAAAAAAAAGUGACCUGCA